UGGACGCCUUAAAAAAUACACACAAAUCUUUGUGCACUUUUUCAUCUGGCCACGUGCGGGAUCAGUACUCCGUAUCGAUUCAGUACCAUAAAUCCAGCACAGAUACACAGAUUCAAAAUUAAUAGAUUAUCUUGGAACACAAUCGUCUAUCUUGCUGAGGCAUUGCUGAUAGGCAUAGUAUAAAAGUGCAAAACUUUCAAGUGAUCUGCAAUGUAGCGUUUAAUGUUUCGUUGGCUUGUCUCGCUUGUGCUCAAUAUUAAGUGUGUAUUUCAUGGCGUGUGAGGGAGAGCUUUCUCCACGAUUCAUGAUAGGGCGCCUAGAUAAUAUUUUUUCCUUAAUUAAUUACACUGAAUUGUACAACAAACAAUCAACAUUUCUAGCGUUUCCCAUCCUGCUAUCUAUUCUGUUCUUUUUGUGUGUGAAAGCAGGUUCCAUCGAGAGAAAGUACAAUUGGAUAUGCAGUUAUAGAAAGUCACUACACUUACUAUUGAUGGGAACUUUAUUAAACAUCGCAGUGGUACCAAUGAAAUCACCUUUGGAGAUCCAGAUUUUUUUUUUUUCCUCUAAACGUUUAGUAGUGAAGGAAAGGAUGAUGAUCAAUGGUCGUCUAUCGAGAUAACCAAUAGGAUGAAUCAUCUUUUUUCCCCUCUCUCAUAACCUUAUACGACUGGAUGAUCGAUAGAAG